AUUAAAGAAAGGGGUGAAGCUGGUGAGAGAGAGAAGGUAUUUAUUGCGGCUUAACUAUCCAUAUUUAUUAGCCUCUGUUUUCCUUUUCUUUUUUAAAAAAAAAUUCAGGGAAGUUUUAAUUAAUUAAUUUGUGUGUUCUAAAUCCUUAGUUUUCUCCCUCUUGUUCAUUCCUUACAUGAUCCACCAACACAAACAGACACACACAAAAUAUCUAGAGAGAGAAACUAGAGAGAUAUAAACAGUUGACCUAGUUUGAGGGAUUUGUCACUGAUCAACCAUAGCUUUAAAAGAGCCCCCACAGAAGCAGCAGCAACAACAAAAACAAAACACAAAAAAGUUUUGUUUUUUGUGUUUUUUAUCAGGUUGUUGAGGGAUGAAUUAUUUCACAUUUGUUUGAGUUAAUUGUGGUAGCACGGAGAUAUAAUUCUUCAGGAUCGGAUUGAAAAACAUCUUGUUGAAGAUCCAACUUAUGUCAGAAUGAAGCUAGAAAACGAGCAUGUUGUUAGUGUUCAGACUUCUCCAAGAAAGUCAUAUAACCCAUUCGAUUCAGAUGAUGAAGAUACAAAUGAUAAGAGUAACAACAUUACCGGGUAUGAUAUAAAAAGCUUCGAGACAUCUCCAGACUCGUUAACAUUUCACUUGGACAGUAGUAAUUUUUCUUGGGAAGAAGCUAUACUUGGUCAUUCUAGGGUUUUAAGUAAUUCAAUCUCUUCUGAUACAACAACUAAUGAGGAAGUUGUGUAUACUGAACUAUUUACUGAUAAGAAAAUUACUGAGUGUGAGUUGCCAGAGUUAGUGUUUUCCUACAAAGAUAACGGUUUCAACUCAGUUAAAGACAUUGGGAUUGAUGAGGGAGUACCUAUACAUGACAAGGUUUGGAUUGAAAGUCAUGACAGUAACAACAUGUCUACUGUCCUAGCUUUUAAUGACGACUUCAAUGGUGAAAAGGGCCCUUUUGUUCAGAACACGACUAAAGAUUCAAUGAAGGGCAAUGAGCUUGUUCAUGAAGUUUUAGAGAGGCCUUAUUCGGCUGAUAAGUGUGGGACUGAUGAUUUGCUAAAGACUGAAGAAUUUGAACAUAACUUGAGCAAGAAACAGGAAGAGUCGGAUUUUAGUUGGCAAGCCGAAAAUGUGGUUGAGAGUGACGGUGUAGUUAAUGACAAAAAAGACCCUCAACAACAAGUUGGUGAGAAAGAUGAAGAAAAAUGUCGAAAGAUGGAAAUGACAGAGAAUGGAGUAUCUGAGGAAAAGGAGCAUUGUAAAGAUAGUGUUCCUGUAGAGCAUGUAGAGCUGUCAGUUGUGGAUGAAGAAGAAGCUUCUAUGCAGUCCAAUGUAGAAAUAUCUUCAAUCAUGCAUCAAGUCGAAGCUACUGUGGAGUCAAACGAGAGUCAAAGUGAGGAAGUAUCUUCAUCUUCUUCGGUUCAAUCUAUCAGCAAUGCUUUGUCCUACAACAGCAAGGUGGAGUCUGGAAGUAUUAUCCUGGAUUUCAAUGGUGCUUCUGCAACUAUUUCAGACAAGGAGAAAGAGAAAGAGGAUAUUUCAGAAAAGAAUGAAGCAGAUGAGAAACCUCCUGUAGCUCAAACUAUGUCUAGGGAUGAUGAUGUUGGAAGUAGUAUCCUAGAUUGUGGGACAGAUAAGAGGGUUCAUGGAGAGACGAGCUUUUCGGCCGCAAUGCCGCCACCUGCAUCGAUUACUUACAUGGGGCCCAAUUCACACGCUGGCAACGUUUCCCUCCGGUCUGAAAGCAGCGCCGGCAGCACCCGUUCCUUUGCCUUUCCUGUGAUGCAAGCAGAAUGGAACACGAGUCCAGUAAGGAUGGCAAAGGCGGAUCAGAGACACUUCAGUAAGCAAAGAGGAUGGGUUCAAGCGAUCGUGUGCUGUAAAUUCUGAGUCGUCUUCUUCGUUAUUCCUAGUCUUAUACUCCGUAGUUUUAUACAACAUAGUAGUAUUUCAACAACUCAUCAACAAUGGUGAUUAAUUACCUCCUCCAUCAGUCACUUACUUACCCCCUAGGCACCUUUUUUUUUACCCUAUGAGAUAAGGUGUGAAGCUUGUUUGCAUUUUUGCAUCAACACUUUGUAAAGAUUAAAUUUACAUAGCUCUCUUUUAUGCAUCUUUUGGAUAUUUGGUUCCUUUGCGGGCAGCAUUUAAUGCAUUAAGCCAUGAAAUAAUGUGGACAUUGAUGUUGUUAUAUAGAGUUCGAGUUACAGA